AUGGCUCCAAUCCGCCUCAUUGCUCUUGGCAACGGGGUUUGGCUAGAUGAGAUUCGCGCCGAAGGCAAGCACACAGUCAAAGACGUUCCCGGCGGUUCCGUCACAUUCGCGACUCUUGGUGCGAGGCUCUUCCUGCCACAAGACCCACAAUCGGUUGCAUUAGUAUUCAACGCCGGUCACGAUUUUCCAGAAGCUGUGAUCGAGUUGUUCCGUGGCUGGUCCGUAGAAAUGAUGGUCGAACAAAAUCUGGAUAAGCCGUCUUCGAGAGGAUUAGUCUUCUACGAGCAAGCAAACGCAAACAGAAAAGGUUUCCAACGACUCACUGAGCCAAUGCCAGUCACGAUCUCGGAUCUUGGAGAGCAUCCUGCAUAUCUACAGUCACAAGCAUUCCACUUCUUCGGCACUGCGGAGUAUAUCGAGGAGCAGGUCACCAAUCUCCUUCGCUGCCGAACAGAGACCGCAUCAAAGGAUAUAUCAUCAAGCCAACCCCUAUUAGUAUGGGAGCCUCAUGCUAAGUCGUGUCUGCCAGAGACACUGCAGCAGCAUGUGAGAGCUGUCAGACUUGUCAACGUCUUCUCACCUAAUCACGAAGAGCUGCACAGAUUUUUCGGCGAUAGUCUACCAUUCAACAAGCAAGUGGUCGAGGAGGAAGCUCAAGUCUUCGUCGACGCUGGCAUCGGCCCCACGGGCGAUGGCUGCAUGGUCGUUAGAGCGGCUGGAUCCGGUUGCUUGCUCAUGUCAAGAUCGCUACCUCCGACCUGGAUGCCCUCAUACUAUGACUCGAAUUCUGAGAAGGUCGUGGAUCCCACAGGUGCUGGCAAUGCGUUCCUCGGCGGCUUCAUGAUCGGUUUCCAGGCUACAGGCUUGUACAAGGAGGCGGCAUGUUAUGGCCAGGUCGCAGCCUCUUUCAUGCUCGAGCAGAUCGGCUUGCCAUCUUGUGUAGGCAAUGGUGUAAGUGAGCGCUGGAACGGUGAGAAUGUCCAAGAGCGCCUGGGAAAAUACCGUCGCAGAUACCCCUAG